AUGUCGAAAAUCUCAAACCUAGACUAUGCUGCCCUUAAUCUCUCCGGAGACAACUAUUUGCAAUGGGCACUUGACACAAAGAUUAACUUGAGGUCAAAGGAACUCGGUGAUGCUAUCAUCGAGGGCAACAAAGAGACUGAUAAGAAUCGGUACAAGGCUAUAAGUAUUAUACGCCACCAUCUCAUUGAGAGUCUAAAAGAUCAGUACCUCACAAUGGAGAAUCCACUAGACCUUUGGACCGCUUUACAGCGACGAUAUGAUCUCCAGAAAAUGGUGCUAUUACCAAAGGCUAAACAUGAGUGGAAGAAUCUCAGAUUCAUGGACUAUAAGUCUGUGGAUGAAUACAAUUGA